AUGGAGAACCGCACAUCCCCAGGUCCGCGCCUUCAGCUACCCGUGACGGCGACUCCGGAUCGGUCAUUCUCAGUCAACCUCGACAUGGCUCAUCACGAAGUGCAAAUCCCUGAUAGGGAUGGCUGUGUUGCUAGGAUGAAGGAAUUGUCUCGAUGGAUAUUCACUUCUGAGAAGCGUCUGAGAGACGCUCGACACGCUUUCAGCAUCGCUACUGGGCUUGUAGCUCUUGAGAUGCGCCAUGACGGCGAAUCGUCUACCCCCGACACGAGUGACGCAACCUACCUUGACUUCUAUCACGCGCUCGACUAUCGACCGAACUUCUGCUCGGUGGAGGCGAUGGCGUUGGUUCUGCACCGGAUGCAACUCGAUGGCUGCGACCCGGUUGAAAUGGCAGCGCACAUAGACGCCAUGAAGGGAUACUGGAAAGGAGCCGCUCAGUAA